AAGGGGCAGAGAGCCUCCCCUCUCUACUGCUCUAUAAAAGAGACCCAGUAAAAGAGACCCUAGCUGCUUUGAGCUCUCAGUGUGGGCGAUGGUGUGGGAAGAAACGCCUAAGAUCUCUGCAGCAGAGCACACCAGCGGCAGACACAGGGCCAGCAUGUCACCGAACUUCAAACUUCAAUGUCACUUCAUUCUGAUCCUCCUGACAGCUCUAAGAGGAGAGAGCCGUUACCUAGAGGUACAAGAAGCCGCGGUCUACGACCCUUUCCUGCUCUUCAGUGCCAAUCUGAAGCGGGACCUGGCAGAGGAGCAGCCAUACCGACGGGCUCUGAGGUGCCUGGACAUGCUGAGCCUCCCUGGCCAGUUCACCUUCACCGCCGACCGGCCGCAGCUGCACUGCGCCGCCUUCUUCAUCGGCGAACCGGAGGAGUUCAUCACCAUCCACUACGACCUGGUCUCCAUCGACUGCCAGGGAGGGGAUUUCCUGAAGGUAUUUGAUGGUUGGAUCCUUAAGGGGGAGAAAUUCCCAAGUUCUCAGGAUCACCCUCUGCCCACCGUGAAGAGGUACACAGAUUUCUGUGAGAGUGGUCUUACCCGAAGGAGCAUCAGAUCUUCCCAGAAUGUGGCCAUGCUCUUCUUCCGGGUCCAUGAACCAGGAAAUGGAUUCACGAUAACCAUAAAGAUAGAUCCCAACCUCUUCCCUUGCAAUGUCAUCUCUCAGACUCCGAGUGGAAGGUUUACUUUGGUGGUUCCAUACCAGCACCAAAACUGCAGCUUCUCCAUCAUUUAUCCAGUGGCAAUCAAAAUCUCUGAUCUCACCCUCGGACCCUUGCAUGGCCUUCAGUUAAAGAAACCUGCAGCUGGCUGUGGUGGAACUGGCGACUUCGUGGAGCUGCUGGGAGGAACUGGAUUGGAUCCCUCCAAGAUGAUGCCUUUAGCAGAUCUGUGUUACCCCUUUCACGGCCCUGCCCAGAUGAAAAUUAGCUGCGACAAUGCUGUGGUGCGCAUGGUCUCCAGUGGAAAACACAUUAACCGUGUGACAUUUGAGUAUCGUCAGCUGGAACCAUUCGAGCUAGAGACCGCGACCGGAAACAGCAUCCCGGAAUACUGUUUGUCUAGUGUUUGAAUGUCCGGCUUCAGUGACUGACGUGCUGUUAGCCCAGUGAGUUCUCCACAGUUAUUGUAUGUGACCUUCAUGGGCAGCAAGCGAAAAGCCUUCCAGUCAGUAUUCCAGGCCUUGAACACGUGCACACAUGAGUUCCAAUUUUGCUUCCUUUUGUUAUAAUGUAUCAACGGACAGAAGGUUGACAAUAGGUUGUGUUGGACAUGCUUGAUGAUUUUGGUGUGCUGCAGACACGAAGUGGCGAAACAAGGGUCCAGCAAUGAGGAAAAGAACUGUGCAGCAAGGGCUGAUGCUCCAAAGAGAGGAAAGUGAGUGGCAGCACUCACGGUUUCAUGACAGAAUAAGAAAAAAAAUAACAAAGUCAAAGUCUUGAGUAUACCAAAGGAAUUGUAUCUGUUAUUUUUACUUCAUACUUCCGUUUACAAAUUGUAGCUAUCCAUUAUUAAUCGGUAGUACUUGUUUUUUAAACAACACUUUGUAGCAUGGGAACAAAGCCCCCUUUCCAUUCAUAAAUCCAAAUGUAAAUAAAUGUAUGCAGAAUGUUGGCA